UUUGCCACAGACGGAGCCAGAUCACACACUCUUCUCCACGAGAUAAGGACAAAGAAAGCCAAAAGAAUCAAGGGAAAAGCAAGAGGAUACAAUGGAUAGAUGAAGGGAAGUGACUAGGUGGAGUCAGGACAAGUGAAGGGGGGAAAAAGAAACUGGAGAAAACCACCCUGAAGGAGAGAGGAGAUUUCUAAAAAUACAAAGCAGCUUACUCCCUGCAUUCUGCUAUUUUUGCUCUCUCCCUCUCCCUCCCUUCUUUUUUGCAGUGUCCCCUCCUUCAUUCAGUACCUGUUCUGUGGGAUUAACAUGACUUAAAAUUCAAUCAGCCUACAGCCUGACGGAAGAGCGACAGAGGAGGCAGACAGAGCGCUGCAGCUGUCGAGACCGAGUGAGGGGGAUAGACAGUGCGCGAUAGAGAGGGAGAGAGAGAGAGAGAAAGAGAGAGAGAGAGAGAGAGAGAGAUGGGUGUUUUUCCACGGAGCUGAGAUAGAGAGAGAGCCGCGUAGACAGGGAGAUGUGACGGUUCCAGGAGUCGCGAUGGAGUGAUCUGGAAAACAAGGUUUCUAGCCAUCCCUCCAGCUUACUCUACCAUAGCUCCCUCUCUGCACCGCCCUCCAAGGUCAUCAAUGAACAACUAAUUCAAUGUGGGAGGACAGACAACGGAUCGCACCGUGAUCGACAGUGACACACCCUGGAAAUCACUCCGGGAAGUCAGGGAUGAGAGAGAGAGAGAGAGAGAGAAAGAGAGAGAGGAUGGGGGGAAAAAAAAACUGUGUGAAAGAAUGAAGCAAUAGGGGAGGAAGCCAGACAGCCAGAUGAACAAAUAAGAAGAGAUAGAGCUGUAUGAGUGAGGGGGGAGGAACACAAAAAGGAGAGGGAGCGAGAGAAGGUGGGGGAAGGAGGUGAGGAGGGGGAGGUGAGGAUCACCGCCGACUCCAGGAUUCCUAUUCUCUGUCGAUUUGAACUGCUCCACUUACAGAGAGAGACAUUGAAUACAGCCAUGUGGAAAUCAUAUCAAAACGCCAUAAAUAGGACUUCAGGCAAAGUGGAUUCUUGGAUUCUCCCACUGAGGUCUCUAUUGCGGAAGUACCACACCGGGAUCGAGCGAGUAAUUCUGGAUUUUCCAGGUUUUUCUUCAUCUAUAGGAGCCUAAGAGGAUAUUGUCGGAUUGGGAUUUCUGCAACUCUCUGGUUUUCUGACACUGACCUACAUCAGUCUCCUUUUGAUGAUGUGUGGGUUCCUGUGUGUCUGAAAGGGAGUAGGACAGGUUUCAGCACAAACACACACCCCCCCCCCCCUCCCAAACACCCCUCUCCUGCUGGGCCAACACAAGGAGGAACACCUGGGGCGAGAUCUGUGCUAAGCACUGACACACACAAACGCACCCACACAUAAAAACCUGGAUAACAUGUGGAGCUGAUUCGGAUUACAGAGCCGCACAGACGGAAAAGGUCUGUGGAUCGCCAGGCAUUCUACCAUGCCUGUCCCCCCAUUCUUCAAUCCCCGCAGACAGAAACACCUGCCCCACACGCACCUCCACCCUGAACAGAGGGCAGAGCGCUCCGCCUCCCCCUCCCUCUUCCCUCCAUCCAUCCUCUCGCUCUCUCUCCUCCCCCCUCUCGUCGUCUCAUCUCUGCCCGCCUCAUCCCAUCUCGUCCACUGCGCGUGCCCCGGGGCCACGAAAAGAACCCUUCCCGACCCCGUCCCUUUCCCGGCCUUUCACUGGCUGACUCUGGUCACAUGCUGCCUGCUGCCUUCUCUGAUCGGAGCACAGGAGACGUGGGGCAUGGUCUCGGCCUGCCCCUUCCACUGCGUGUGUCGGAACCUCUCCGAGGCGCUCAGCACGCUCUGCGCCGACAAGGGCCUCCUGUUUGUGCCCUCGCACGUCGACCGCCGCACCGUGGAGCUGCGACUGGCCGACAACUUCAUCACGGAGGUGGGCGGGAUCGACUUUGUCAACAUGUCGGGAUUGGUUGAUCUGACUCUGUCGAGGAACACCAUCCACCUGAUCCGACCGAUGACCUUCGGCGACCUGGAGAGUUUGCGCUCGCUGCAUCUGGAUGGUAAUCGAUUGACAUCACUUGGACCCAGGGACCUCGCAGGUUUGGUCAAUCUGCAACACCUGAUCAUCAACAACAACCAGCUGGUCAAAGUCUCCGUCCAGGCGUUUGACGACUUCCUGCUCACACUGGAAGACCUCGACAUGUCCUACAAUAACCUCAGGAAGGUACCAUGGGAGUCCAUUCAGAACAUGGCCAGUCUGCACACUCUCAACCUGGACCAUAACUUGAUAGAAUACAUCGCAGAAGGAGUCUUUGGAGAGCUGUACAAGCUUGCGAGGCUGGAUAUGACCUCCAACAGGCUGCGAACUCUGCCUCCUGAUCCACUAUUUGCAAGGUCCCAGACAGGUGCAAUAAGUCCCACCCCCUACAAUGCUAUCACAAGCUUAAAUUUUGGCGGGAACCCGCUGCACUGCAAUUGUGAACUGCUGUGGUUACGGCGGCUUAUCCGUGGGGACGACAUGGAGACGUGUGCCACUCCGCCUCACUUGGCUGCAAGAUAUUUCUGGGCGAUUCCUGAGGAGGAGUUCACCUGUGAACCACCUCUCAUCACCCGACACACUCACAAGCUGUGGGUGCUGGAGGGCCAGCGGGCCACGCUGAAAUGCCGGGCUAUUGGCGACCCUGAGCCAGUCAUCCACUGGGUUUCACCAGACGACCGCAUCGUUGCGAAUUCGUCCCGGACCAGCUCCUUCAGCAACGGGACCUUGGAUAUCUUGGUAACGGUGGCCCGGGACGACGGGGCAUACACGUGUAUUGCAAUGAACGCGGCGGGUGAAGCGACUGCCACUGUGGACCUGAAAAUAAUCCCCUUGCCUCACCGGGGCGGAGCAGGCGGAAACACAGGGAAUAACAACGUGAACGGCAAAAACAACAGGAACGUGACCAAUGGGAUUUUACGGACCGAUCCGGGCUCCUCGGAUAUCAGCACGGGGAAAAAUGGAGGGAUUAACAACGGCGCAGGACGUGGAGGAGAGGCGGAGGAUGGGAGAAGAGCAGGGGAGGACGACGACGGCGACAGGGCCUCCGAAGGGGCGAGGCCCGAUGGAGGGAGCAUGGAGGACGACGAGGGGGACGAGGAGGAAGGGAGGAUGGUUGGAGUACAAAGCGUUACGUCAACCUCAGCUCAGGUCCGAUGGGAUUUGGGGCAUUUGUCCACAGCUUACGUCGUCUGGAUGUAUCAGAUACAGUACAACUGCACCGUCGACGAGACCCUCAUCUACAGGAUUCUACCAUCGACCAGCGACCGCUUCCUGUUGAAGAACUUGGUUUCCGGCGUGGACUAUAACCUGUGUGUGCUAGUCAUUUUUGAUGACUCAAUCACGUCGUUGGCGGCAACAAAAGUCCUGGGCUGCGCCACGUUCUCAACCAAGGAUGUUUACCCAGCAUGCCGCUCUCUCCAAGCCCAUUUCCUGGGCGGGACACUCACCAUAUUGGUGGGCGGUGUCGUGGUCGUCACCCUACUCGUGUUCACCGUGGCGCUCAUGGUUCGCCACCGUGUUUGCCAUCACGGCGACCACACGAUAUGCCACAACAGCAACAACGAGGCGGGAGGCGGGGCCUGCUGUCAGGGUGGAGGCGGAGGGGGCGGGGACAAAGGGGGAAACGGCAGCGGGUGCUACCAAUCAAAUGGUGCCGGGGAUGUGAUGAUGGUGGUCCUGCCCAACGGCCUGUCAUCCAAGAGAGGAGGGGAGAAGGAGAAGGAGAAGGAGAAAGACAAGGAGAAGGAUGAAGCCGAUCCUGCUUCCUCUUUGCCUCCAAAACUCCCUCCAAAGCCCCGGCCCAAGCCUAAAGUCAACCUGGAGCACUUUCUUUCAGCUGGGGGGGUUGUUUCCACGACAACAGGGUCAGCAUGUGAGAUGGCAUUAGUGGUGAGGCAGAGAAAGUUGGAGAAGGCAUUGCAAUACACCGCUGAAAGUGACAGAACUCCCCUCUACUACUCCCCUUCAUCCACCCUACCCCGUCAGUCACACUCCAGGGACCGCCCGAGACCCCGUCUGGAGCGAGAACUGACCAAUUGCGCCAGUUUCUCUCUGGCAGCACCCCUGGGUGACUCAGAGCGGUUGGACUGGAGAAUCCCUCCGCGAGACAGGGACAAAUGGAACUCCUCACAGGCUUACCAGAGCCCUCUAUCCCCUCUGAGCCCCGCGAGCGGGACCGUUAGCAAACGGCGGCACUCGCUGGACAUGAGCUCCUCUGUCGCCCUCGCGACGGACGCAGCCACGACCGUGGCAAAGCGCUACGGUGCCGUCAACUACGCCAAGCGGAUGAGCGUGAUCUGGACGAGGCGGAGCCAGUCUCUCCACGGCAUGCUGGUGCAGUGCGCCUCGACGACAAGCACGACGUCUUCGACGGCCAGCGACGAGGACAGCGCCGGGGUCUUCGGGCCACGCUGCGAGUUCCAGCGGGGCUACAUCCACGCCUAUAACACCACCAACUCCAACUCUAACACCGGGGUCAAUACCGGGAAAGCGAGCAGCGUCAAAGACAGGGGGAGGCAAACGGGGAAGGACGGAAGGAGUGCUGAGGAACUGGAGGAAAGCGUUGUGUAGAUGGUUCUGGAAUGUAAUAAAAAAACUAAAAAAACGUUUAGAGGGAUAAAGGGUCUGUGAGACAGAUCUUGGUUUGAGGGGGGCAAAGAGGUGGAAUCAUGGGAGAAAGUGAGGGAGCAGGACAGGUGAGGUGAAGUGAUUGCAGAAAAGGAGGGGACGGGUGUGAGUUUAGAUGAAGAGAGACGAGUGAAAUUAAGUCUCACUUGUGCGGCCUCUUGAUUUGCCAUUGGAGACUUUUAAAAAAAAAAAAAAAAAAAAAAGAGAGGGAAGUGUACCUGGGGUUAGGGUGAAGACUUUUUAAGAGGCUAUUUUAAGAUGAUCUGAAUAUUGAUGGAUGGGGGAAAAACAAGUGGGGAGAGAGAUGUGACUAGAAAGAAAGGGAGAAACAGAACGGCUGAGUCUUUCAAUACUAAAGGCUGAGCUCAAGCUGUAUCAUUAAAAAUGAAGUGAUACAAGACGGGAAAGAAAGCAGGAACACACGAAAACAAAACUUAGAGACAGCUAGAUAACAGAGAGUGACAGAUGUAAGAACAGACAACGUGAAUGAUAUAUAUAUAGUCACAGAGGGAGAGACAUAAUCCAACAGAGGAACACAUCAAUAGAGCAACAGAACAGAGGUUAUAUAGCAGCGACAAAGAUGGCGCGAGCUCAGCGUGGAUCUCAGUAAAGCCUACACACGAAUAGAAACAGUCUUCAGCUCUCUAGGGCUUCAGCCCCCACACAGCAACACGAGGGUUUACACUGGAUCAGAAACAACACCACAACCGGUUAGAAGGGAGAAACAGCAAGAGGGAUUUGGAUGGCAUCGCCCUGUUUUGUCACGUUAUGUUUUUUUUUUGGAUUCCAACACUGACGGCCAUUUUGAAACUCUUUUCCAAAACACAAUGAUUGUGACUUUUAUGUGUCCUCUGUGGCUGGGGCAAUGAUUUUUUGGCUUGCCGUGCCUGCGGAUUAUGGGAGCAUAAAUACAGAGCCGGGGAGCAUUGGACAUGAUCAAUCGAUACUGGCUGGAAAAAAAAAAAAAGCGUGUGUGCAGCACAGACAUUAUUAAAAGAAAGACAUUGGGAUUACAAUGGAGUCGAUAUGGAUUACAAAGUGGAGGAGACAGGGGGGUGCAGUGAUGGAACAUCGGCUCGCGAGCAUUUCUGAAAGACAAGAUUGUAUUGGACGCCGGAUGAUAUUGGACCAAACUAAAUGAACAAUGCUAAUGGGUGCAUAAGUAUGCAUGCAUUGACAGGUUAGGGAUGUGUGUACGUGUGCCUGUGUGUGUGUUCAUGUGCGCACAUGUAUAUGAAUGUUUGUGAAGGGGGCAAUCCGGUCAACCAGACUCCAUUUGUGUUUUAAAAAUGUUUAGCGCUUUCUGCUAAUGCUGUGAACGGAAUAAAUGUUUAAAAAAUAUAUAUAUAUAUAAAUAAAGAUUAGCAGCGGUCCGCCCAAAGUGAAGGAAGAGCAAAAUCGGAAUAAAUCACUAUUUCCAGCAAUGUAGCAUGGUCAGGAAGCGGCAAACGUUAAGGGGGGGUAAACUCGUUUUUUGUGACUUCAGACUCCAUUGUGCCACAUGGAUUCACUUUAAAUCCAAACAGUGAAUGUUUUCAGAAAGGAAGUAGAUAAAAAUAUAUAUAUAAAUGACAGAAGCACCACAGAAGCCACUCAUGAUAUAAACUCUUCUUCAAGACUUUGUGAAACUCAUUCUGGGACGACUGAAUCAACGGCACAGAGACACUGACAAAUGAGAAAACACAAAAAGAGCAAACUUGAAAGUACAUAUAUAUAUAGUAUAUAUAUAAAAACGAUGUUACUUGUCGCACCAUGUGUUUCUGUUUUUCAGAAGUUUUCUGGGGAAUGAUGUUAGGAUCCAAAACAAUACAAUGUGUGAUUUUUUUGUUUGACAAAAAAAUCUUCCAGAUUAGAACAAAAAAAUAUAUGUUGAUUAUAACAAGGCUGAAAAAGAUCUACUGAAGAAGCACACACAGCACACAACACACAAACUGGCAAGCACAAACACCCAAAAAAACACACACACACACACACACACACACACACACACACACACACACACAACAGAGCCAACUACAUAGUAAUAAUGACUUAACCAUUACUGUUUCCUUUCUGUUUUGAUUUAAUUUUGCCAAAGUCAAUAUUGUUCUCUGGACUUGAUAUAAAUAAUAAAAAUGACAUGUAUGUAA